AUGGCUCCAAGUUACUGCUUCUCCAGCGUAAACUAUCCGAGACGUUUCCUAAACAGCUUGGAGGCUGCGAGGAAGAAAGGACUUUCUUUGGAAGAGAAGCGCGCUAAGAUGUUGGAAUUGUUCUAUGAGAGCCAGGAUAUUUUUCAAAUGAAGGAACUUGAGAAGAUCGCUCCAAAGAAGAAAGGUGUUAUAUCUCAGUCUGUAAAAGAGGUAACUCAAUCGCUGUUGGACGACGGUUUGAUAGAGUGUGAGAAGAUUGGCCCAUUUGUCUGUUACUGGGCUUUUCCAUCGAAGGCUAUGCAAACUAGAAAACGAAGACAGGAGGACUUAGAACAAUCGAUAAUAGCUACAGAAGCAGAAAUCAAGGAAACAUCUUCCGAGUUACAAAGAAAAAGGAAGGGAAGAGAGGAUUCAAAACGUCGCAGUGAGCUUCUGGCCCUGUAUUCAAACCUGGAAGCGCAAGAGAAAGAUCUUAGCAAAAGACUGGAUAAGUAUGCGCAAUGUUCACAUGAGGUGAUAGCUCAAAGGAAAGUUCGAGCAGAAAGAAACCGCGAGGAGAUCAAUCGGUGGACAGAUAACAUCUUAUCAAUCAAGAAGUGGUGCAAGUCGGAAUUUGGAAUGGAGGAAAACGUGCUUGAUCAGCAAUUUGAGAUUCCUGCCGAUUUGGAUUAUAUCUAA